AUGUUAGAUGAACUAUAUAAAGCAGAACGUGGAGAGAUGGAAAAGAAACUUCAUGCAAAAGAUGAUGUCAUUGAAUCCAAAGACAAAAGCAUACAGAAAAGAAUACCACGUUCAGUACCAAAAGGAAAGGAAAAGAGUUAUAAGUAUAUGAUUUAUACUGAAGAGUUGGAGAAAGAAGAAGAUAAAGAUAUGGUUAUGUUGCAUUUAGUCAGAAGAAACAACAAGAGCUUUUAUGACUUAGCUAAAAUAUAUAAAUCUGACAGAAACUGGUUCUAUCGUGAAAACUUACCGAUUUCAAUGACUCCGAAUGAACAAAUAAAGGAAAUUGUCAAAAAUACUCUUCCUCAAACACACUAUGACAUCAAAGGUUGCACAAUACUUACAUUCAAAGAAGACUUACCAUUACUGAAGGAAAAAAUAACAGAAUAUUUCGACAACUUCAAAGAGGAAGAAUGA